AUGAGAGCUAUGGAUUUCACUGGUUUUUUUAUAUCAUUACUGGCCCAAAUAUCUAAACUACCAAUCAGACUAAGCUCUGCAGCUUUACCUGUAAUUAAGAUUAGAAGUCUCACUAGUAUCGAGACCAGAGCUACCAGUAGAGCUAGCAGUGGUCAAAUUACAUUUGCUAUUGUUAGUGAAAAGAAAUCACAUAUUGUUCGAAAUUUGUCACGAUUCGAAAUUGACGUAAUUGAACCUUACCUUACUGAUGUAACAAACGUAACAAUAAAUUUCGUGACCGUCGUUGACAACGAUUUUUUCCCUGACACGAGAAUCAAACCUGAACCUGAAUUAACAAUUGACGAAAAAUCAGCAAAAUUACUUAUUCAGGAGCAGGAGAAUCAUUAUCGGCACCAACAGUUGAAAAUAACAAGUCAGGCGUUUAUUGGCUUUAUGAUGUCUAAUGCAAAUUGGGGCUGUUGUUUUUCUGAAAAAGAUAACUGUGAUGAAUUUAUUGCUUGCAUUAAAUGCGAUAAAAAAUAUCAUUAUGCAUGUAUGAUGAUUGAUCGCAAAAUUAUUUCCUCUGAUUUACUGGCGACAUGGGCCUGCCCUGAAUGUGUCCACCAACUACCAAAACCUACAAAUAAAGAAAAUACACCUGUGAGAAACGUUACUACCGUUAGAGGAAACAAAAGAGUAGCUAUUGGUUCGCCGCAUUCUGAUUCGGAGAAAGUGAACAUUUCUAUGGAAGACAUCCGUCUAGUGGUAGAAGGUGUGAUGGAAGAUAAAAUGAAUGAUCUAUUUAAAAGAUUUAAUGAAAACUUGGCUGGAUUCUUCGCGAAGGAGAUAAAACCUAUGAGAGAUGAAUUGUUGAGUAUUAAGGAAUCUUUAACGUUCAUUAAUGACCAGUAUGAAGGUAUAAAGAAAGAAAAUGUAGCCUCUAAAUUAAAAAUAACUUGUUUGGAGAAAGAGAAUGAAGAACUGAAAGGAACUGUUCAUGCCUUAGCUCAGAGAGUAAAUCAAAUCGAACAACACUCCCGCCAAUGUAAUUUAGAGCUCCAGAACGUUCCGGAGUCAAGAAAUGAAAAUCUUAUAACGAUGAUAACAAAGUUGGGUAAAGUCAUCGGCAGCUCUCUGAAAGAAAAUGACAUUCUAAACUGCACACGCACAGCCAAAAUAAAUCGUGAAUCCAGGCGUCCAAGAUCUAUAAUAGUUCAUUUAGCUUCGCCUAGAAUUCGAGAUGAAAUGUUAGCGAUGACCUCUAAAUACAACAAGGCGAACUCAGACAACAAACUGAAUACCACACAUCUUGGAUUAACAGGACACACCACCCCUGUUUUUGUUACUGAACAUCUAUCCCCAGCGAACAAGGCAAUUUAUGCGGCGGCUAGGCUUAAAGCAAGGGAGAGAGGAUAUAAAUAUGUGUGGGUGCGUAAUGGGAGAGUGUUUAUGAGAAAGACUGAUGACAGUGACUAUAUUUUAGUAAAAAAUUUGGAUAGCCUAAAAAAACUUAUUUAA